AUGAGCGACAUGGUAUCAUUUUUGAGCACAUGUACCGACGCUUCGUCUAGCGAAGACGACGACUCUUCUAGUGACGAUGAUCCGUUCGGGGACAAGGAAUCGAAUGAUUCUUCGCUGCCAAAGAAGCCCGCUACGUUUUCAACUUCGAGUCCAAAACUGUCGCCUUUGCGAUCGAAUAUCCAAGAUGAAAAAAGUGGAACUCUCUUUGGUGCCGAUCUCUCGCCGAUACGUGGUGAACGAAACCUUCCCGAGUUCAUUCCGACCGAAGUGCAAGAACCUCGCCCAGCGAAUAGUCUCCAUAUUUCUGAUGAUGCGGCUGCAGAUGUAAUCGACCCAAAGACAACUUCGGCUAAAGAUGAUAUUGGCCUGAUGGAUGAGUUGGGCGAUUUCGACGACGAUCCAGACAAUUCACUUUAUCCGACUAACAAAAGAAAAAGUCUGGGAAAGAAAGCGACUGCGAAGAAGUUGCCGUGCAACUCUCAGGAAAAAUCAAAAACUACCAGUCAACAUAUGAAGACUAAUAGAGGCAAAAAUAACAAUUGCACUGGCUCUCAACUUGGGCAGAAACAUACUAAAAACCCUCGUGAUAAUGUGGUUGCAAACAGUCAAGAGCUCUUAUCGACCCCACAAAACUCGCCCCCGUCGUCUCCAUAUAAUUCCCGUGUACCUUCUCGCAGCCCCUCGCCAACAACAUCGAGGGCAAGAAACAAGGGUCAAGAAGUAAAACGAAAACCACCGAAGAGCCGUGAUGUGGCAAUGACGGUUCAAGUUAAGAAGACUGCGAAGCCACUGAAACCUUCCCAGAACAUUUCGCAGGGCGAUGGCUCGCCAAAUCUGGAAGAACUUGGCCGGCCAUCUCGCCAUCUCAAUGAUCAGAUUGAUUUUUUGAUGGACAAUAUUCGGCCUCAUGAUGGUUAUACUGGAGCAAGCCAAGCCGACAAAAAUAAUGAUUCUGAUAGCGGAGAAGAGGAUUCAAUCACUUCAAACUAUUUUUUUGUCGAAACGCCAGCGCCAAUUCAUGGAAUCCCGGAAGCUGAUAAGUUUAUCGAUCCGAAUUCGGAGCUCAAACGAGGUGUUCAGUACAGAGACCCUGGCGAUGAACCAAAGAUAAAAAUCCCCUUGAAAACCAAAAGGAGCGUUAUCCACUCUUACAUAUCGGGCAAUGGCAAUCCUGGCUGUAUAGUCGAGUAUCUUCUCCCCUUGGACGAUGACGAUAGUCAAGCAUUGCAUGACCAGCCUUCUACUUCAACGGCACCUACAUCUGCUACGCCUUGGACAUGCUCCAUUCCUAAUGGAAAACGAGAAAUUCUUAAGCAAAAUAAAGCUAGGCAGUCAAUCCAGUCGGCACCCAAGAGAAAAAAAGUCGUUUAUCACAUGCAGUAUAACGGAGCAAACCCAAGAGGCGAUGGUGCUGCAUCAGUCCAUCUGAAGUGUCAAAACUGCAAUGGUCGCCAGACGUUCUAUUGCGACGCGUCCUUCAUAAUGCCAACUAAAUCCGGCAAGUCCUGGAUGAUGAAUCCAGAAAAGAUUCAACUCUUUUGGCACAACGCGACUUUGGAGCCUCCUCGCGAUCACCAGCGCCUUAGCCAACAAUACGAGCACGUAUGCAGAGGCCUUAACAGGCGAAAGAUUGCCGAGAUUACGUUUUCGACUGGCAUUAUUAAAUUGGUUGAUCAAAUGGGACCAACAGUCAGUGCUAAAACGGUGCGUGAUCACGUGCAGACUGUCCAGGAAACUUAUCCUGAAUGGUCGCCUGACUACUCGAUGACAUCAUACAUCAAAAAGAUGAGAAAUCGCAAAAGAUUCUACCGGAAACAAAUGCGCAAAGAGUUUGAGAGUCGUGAUGAGAAAGUUCCACUCGUUCCCAAAAUUCUCGGCACGUUGAACUAUCACAAACGACUCUCCGGUGAAGGGCUCAACCGCUUACGAUGGCCAGUCGCAGUUACCGCCAAAUUCUUGAUCGUCGCGGAUCUUCUCAUGCUGUCGCGAAUCCCUCCAGCAUCAUUCAUUAGAAUGAUGCUGGACGGGACCUUUACCAUCGCAGGAGAUUUCCGGCAAUGCAUCACCAUCCAAAUUGCGAUUACUGACGACCUUGGAUUCACGGAAUAUAAAUUGGUCGCCGCUGUUUAUUUGCUCUCGAAAAAAAAAGUCGACUAUGCCGCGGCUUUUUAUACAUUCUGGGCAGCAUUAAUGAAGCUUCACGACUCCAGCUUGAUCACCACCGUCUUUGCACAAACUGACGGAGAAAUGAGUCUCUUCCUUGGCGCAGAGGAGGGCCUUAAACGUCACAGCGUCAACGUUCUUUCGACUAUCUGUAGUACGCACCUGGAAAGGGCGCUUUACAGAAACCUCAAGUCAAUUAUUGGCUUUCGAUGUGUUCCCGCCGCAGUCCGAAUCUUCACGUUUAUGAUGAAAAGCAUCCAACUGGUCAGACCUGACCUCAUCAUGCCGAGUCUUCUUGGACUGUACGCCCUCGUUCAAAGGUUGCCAAAGUAUGGAAAGAGAAUCAGCCGCUUCUUGAGAGACUAUUGUCAGCGAGUCAUGGUAAUCUAUCGUGAUAGAUUCUGCUAUCACAAAUUGCUUCUGUUGGCCAAGGAAGAGCGCUCGUCCGUUUGUUUAUCCACGAAUCCGGCGGAAAGCCUCAAUAAUAGCUUGAACAGCAGAUUUCGGGAUACAUUUAAAAGGAGAAAGGGAAGCUUCGACGAAGAUCUCCUUCUUAUGUACCAAUUCAUGGAUGAAUGCGGACGCGAAUACAACAAUGGCGACAUCGAUAAGGAACGAGAGGAUGAAAACAACGUGGCAGCUGAUCGUGAAGCUUAUAUACAGAAGGUAUUCGACCGAUGCGACAAAGAGGAAAUCUACGAGCGCGGCAUGCCUUUCCCGAAAGAAUUUUUCAUGGAUUUCGUACAUAUUGCACUGGAGCGUUUUGCGGAAAAAGCACCUGCGCGUCACACCGCCAUUCUUCGCAAACGUUGGGCGCGAAAUCGACUCGCAGCACGGUUAACUGAAAUUGAAAACGGCAAGGUCAAAGCUGCUGAAAUGGAUCCAGAAACCGAGGAAGAUCGCGCGGCAGAUCAAGAAUUAGAAGAGGAUCGCAUUCCAUGUGAUGUGCCCGUCGGUGAAAUGGAGGAUGAAAUCAUUGGUGAUGACUUUGAUGAUGAAGACUAUGAUGGCAUGGAGCUGAAUGACAAUCGCCCUAUUGGAGAACUCAAUUUACCGAACUCUGUACAGACAGAGAUGGCGAUAGGCGAUUUUCUUAAAAAGACUAGGGCGGCGAGUGGCGCUGCAGUGCCUGGUGAAAACAGCGACGCUGUGAACGCUUUACGUGACGACGAAGCCAAUCAGACGCAGGGUCCUGGGAACAACACGGAGAACAGUGGCGCUGAAGAGCACACAGCAAACAUGGAAAUGGAACAAUUAAAUCAAACAAUUGCCGAAACCACGGAGAACAGCGGCGCUCUCGAACACUCUGCAAACAUGGAGACAGAUCAAGUGAAUCGUACGCCCGCGAUCGAAGACGAACUGCAUAUGCUUGAUUUCAAAAACCCGUUUGAGUCAGAGUCCGACUCUGACAUUGAAACGCCGCCCUCAACUGACGUAGAAGAUGCAAUGGACGAAGGUGAAAAAUCAGAGGAGGACUCAAUUGAUUGGGGAUUCGAAAACAACGAUGAAACCACUUGUCGGCCGCCACAAAAAGCGUCUACCUCGCAAGCCUUCCAGCACACCAGCGACCAGGGAAAAGAGUCAAGCGAAGGUGUACAGGAAUCAAAACAUGCUCUAAAUUAUGGUCGUAAUCGCGCGGUGAAAUUCGCGACAGAAGCACAACCAUCGAAAUGUCAUGUCGAGGAGUUUCAGGAACGCCAAGACCAAACGCUGAAAAACGCCGGUCUCACACGCAAACGAAAAUCGUGUCAACCUGCUAGGAUCCAUGAGCGGGAAGAUAACAAGGAAAACAAGAAGAAGCAGAUUCGAAUGGAGAACAAUCCAACGAUGGCCACGUUAAAGGGAAAAGAUAAAGAAAGCCAGCUUCGCGAUUUUGAUAGACAAGUGAAGUGCCUUGGGGACGCAAUGAUCGAUGUAAAUCCAACGAUGUUGACUGACGCAGCGCUCAACCAAUGGCCCGACAAACCACUCAAACCCAAAGAGCAGCGGAGACACGAAAGAGCAGAAGAAAAAGCGCUAGAAGGAAUACCAAAGGUGCCAGGAACUGAAAUCAUGGACGAUUGGAAAUCACUAGAGCGAGCUGCUGCUGAAACUGCCUUCUCACCCAUCAGAACCCGCAGUCGAAGCAAAGAGGAGAAGCUAAAAUCCAAAAAGGACGAUUCAAUGAUGAGCGCCAACGAAUCGAAAUCAUUGCCGGCUGAUGGUGACACUGCUCCACAACGAAGAAUGUACAAAAUAGUUUUCACAAAGGCCGAACUGAUGAAAUGCGUAACCGAUGCACUCGUUCCACUGCUCCCCUGGGCGAUAUUCGACCUCACGCCAGAUGGAAUUUGUGUGCAGUCAGUUGAUGGUUGCCAAAAUAUUUUGGUGCAAUUAGUCCUCCGCGCAGCAGCAAUGGAAGAAUACUCCAUUGACAAACCAUACGCUCUAGGCGUGAAAGUGGAACUAUUGGCGAAAUAUCUGAAAAACGCUUCAAAUGACGACAAAUUGACAAUAACCGGGGACGACGAGAAUGGAAAGCUGGUAAUGAAAUUCAAGUCACCGCUGAAAGAUGUGUUAUUUCAACGAGCGAAUAUGGGUAACAAGCACAGAAAAAAAGAAAAACUAAUUUUCGAUAGCGCUUCAAUUACGAUGCCAUCGUGUGUAUUCGAACAGACGAUCAAGAAACUUUCGGGCGUUGGGGAAGUGGCAAAAAUCAACGUCACUAACGGGAAAGCUGUCCUCUCGUCGAAGGGCGAUAUCGGUGAGGUGGAGACGGAAUUGGAUGAAAAAGAUAAUGACGACCCAAAGAACAAGCUUUUUUCAGUCGAAGCUGAGGGACCGAUCGAGCUUAACUACAGUUGCAAAUAUCUCGAGAUGAUGUCCAGAGCCGCAUGCUUGGCAGAACAAGUGACGAUGCAACUUGAAGAUGGCGUCCCGAUGACCAUUACAUACAACAUGAAGGCAGGUUAUAAUUAUGCGUUUUUCUUUUAA